UUCAGUGCUGAUCCAUCCUUCGCACCCUGCGCCGGACGCCGCGAUACGCAACCCUUAGAAAUCUCCUUGCACGAUUUAAGAUUAAAAUUCAACUUCAACGGAAUCCAUUGGAAAUCAAAUUGAAAUUCUAAUUAAUAUUAAAAUCCCAAGCAAAUCUAAGUUUGAAUUAAAAUCCGAAUUAACGAAAAGGAAAAGGAAAUAUAGUUCGUCAAGUCUAACCGUCCGAUCACAAUUACUUCGCAAGAAUACCUUGAACGAGGAAGAUUUCUAACAAGGAGUGACGUUAAUUAUCGUUAUGUUUCUUCCGUUGCUGUUAAUUGCUCUCGCGAGCAUUCACUCGAGUCACUCUCGCUCUUACUUCGCGAGAAAUACACCUGUGGAUGUAACGCAUACAUUACCUCUCAGCUCGACAGUGAAUUUCAAGUGGAGAGUUGACCGAAUAAACCUGCGGAUAAUAGCGGGGGUUCAAUUCUUCGGCGACAAUAGCAGCUGGUUUGCGAUCGGAUUUUCCGACUAUGGAAAACUGAACCCGGCCGAUUACUGUAUUAUGUGGCACGACUGGCAUCGAGAGACGCAUUUCCAGGAUACAUGGGCGGACAACGAUGGAAAGAUACAAGUGGACUCGCAGCAAGACUGUGAAAAUUUCACAUGGAAGAGACAUGACAAUGUCACGUACUUCACAUUCUCACGCAAAUUAGACACCUGCGACGAAUAUGAUUACAUCAUCGAGAGGGGUACUACGCAUGUUACGUGGCUCAAAGGUCGCGGACCGCUCGUCUCCUUGGCUGGUCUCAAAGUCUCGAAUGCAGAAGCCUCGGGAAUGUCUCGCGUGGAAUUGUACAGAAUGCCUCAUAAGAAGCCCGUGUUUCCGACGGACGCCUGGGAGCUCGAAUUGCUCACUCAUCAAGUUCAAGUGCCGAACAAGGAAACCACCUAUUGGUGUCGAGUGCAAAAACUGCCUGAAGUAUUGAAGCGAAAGCAUCACAUUCUGCAAUUCGGCCCGGUUAUCCAAGCUGGUAACGAGCAUCUCGUACAUCACAUGGAGAUUUUCCAUUGUGCUGGACCCAUAAAUUUGGACAUGCCUAAGUACGAUGGGCCCUGCGAUGGAGCUGACAGACCGGCAAAGACGCAGAUCUGCAAGAAGGUGCUAGCUGCGUGGGCGAUGGGCGCCGACGCUUUCGUGUAUCCUGAAGAAGCCGGUCUGGCGAUCGGUGGAGCCGAUUUCAAUCCAUACGUUAUGCUGGAGGUGCAUUACAACAAUCCCGACUUGCAUCAAGGCGUUGUCGAUUCCUCUGGCGUGCGAUUCAUCAUCACCGAGACUCUGCGGAAGUACGACGCGGGCGUAAUCGAAUUAGGGCUUGAGUACAUCGAUAAGAUGGCCAUACCGCCACGUCAGGAGGCCUUCACGCUGUCCGGUCACUGCAUCGCGGAAUGCACAGGAAUCGGCCUGCCCCAGGAAGGGAUUCAUAUCUUUGGCUCGCAGCUGCACACGCAUCUGACAGGCAUCAAAGUCGUCACUCGGCAUGUGCGAGACGGCAAAGAGUUACCGCUAUUGAACUAUGAUAAUCAUUACUCCACUCAUUUCCAGGAGAUCAGACUUCUGCCGAAAGCAGUCAUUGUUCUGCCCGGGGAUUCCUUGAUAACCACCUGCACCUACAACACCAUGGACAGAGAUAACGUGACUCUCGGCGGUUUCGCGAUAUCCGACGAGAUGUGCGUCAAUUACAUUCACUACUACCCCAACACGCGACUCGAGGUUUGCAAAAGCGCCAUAAGCGACGACGCAUUAAGAACGUACUUCCGCUACAUGCGAGAAUGGGAAGGUCAAAAGACCAACGGGAAGAAGGGCGUCUCGUCGAACUACCAAAGCAUCGAAUGGAGCAAAGUCCGCGUGCAGACUCUUCACGAUCUCUACGAGGCUGCGCCUCUAGGGAUGCAGUGUAACAGUUCGGAUGGCUCUCGGUUACCAGGUUUAUGGGACAAUAUCGCCGCAACACCUGUAAGAUUGCCUCUGCCGCCGCCAAUCAGAGACUGCUUGGAACGUCCAAAUGAGCUCAAUAUCCUGGAACAAAUAUAAAUAUUGAUUACAAAAAAUUUCGCUAUUUAUCAAAUUACUCAAUUGUGCAAGUAUUUUUCGUGAAUGGUCGUAGUUCUGUCUAGUCUGGAAGCAUAUCGAUUUUAACAUUUAGACUUCCCUGAGAUUUGUGUCUAACGUUAAUUCCUAAACAAUGUAUCCUACAAUGUAUGUAAACAUACAUUUCCACAAUACAUCUGCGAAAAGAUAAAAUUAUAUAUUGUCUGUAAUUAAGACUGCAGAGGUACACUAUAUUGUCGGCAAUAUAUUGUAAAAAUUGCAAAGAGUUACCUCUU